AUGGCUCCCCCUGCGGCGUCCGCGACGGCGCAGACGCCUCUCCUUUCUGCAUCAACGCCAUCAUCACCAUCACCAACACCACCGCAAACGUCAUCGCCAACAUCAUCCUCCGCAACCAUAACCACACAAUCGAGCUCGAAAUCGCGCCAAUGGAAUACCAAAAACCUCGGAUCUCGUCUCGGCGCCGACGCCGUCAGCGCAUCCUGCGCCGCGGGUUUGAUAUCCCCUCUGAUUGCCUUCAUUGACAAAUCCAUCAUGGAAACCGCCUCUGGCUCCAGCCCCUCCAUCCUCACCUCUCUCCGCCGCUCUCUCACCUCCCUCGUCCGCUCUCCCCUCCGCACCCUCGCCUCGCGACCCGUCGGCCUCGUCUUCCUCCUCUACGGCGGCACCUACCUCACCGCAAACACCCUCGACACUGUCUCCUCGACCCUCGCCCCCGCCCCCGCGCGCACCACCACCGCCGGUCCCGCCAAAUUCGCCGCCUCCUCCCUCGCCAACGUCUCGCUCUGCGUCUACAAGGACCAGGCCUUUGUCAAGCUCUUUCGCGACGCCGCCGCCGGUCCGGCCCGUCCUGUCCCGCUGCCAUGCUUUGCCAUUUUUGCGCUGCGCGACUGCCUGACCAUUUUUGCGUCGUUCAACAUACCCACAAGGCUGGCGCCCCAUAUCGACGCCUACACCACGCAGAGCAUGCGCGUGUCGGGGCUCACGGCCGCGCAGUUCCUCGCGCCCGCGGCCGUACAGCUCGUGUCGACGCCACUGCACCUGUUUGGUCUGGACUUGUACAAUCGGCCGUCGGCGGCGGGCGCAGGCGCGCAGCAGGCCAAAGUGUCGUGGGGGGACCGAUGGCAGGCGAUUCGGCGCGGGUGGCUGCCGUCGUGCGCGGCGCGCAUUGGCCGCAUCGUCCCCGCGUUUGGCGUCGGCGGCGUCGUCAAUUACAAAGUUCGGCAGGGCUUCAUGACAAAGUUGGAGUGA